AUGGAGCUCUCGUACGUCAGGCGAGCCAUCGGCAGCGCCGUCGGUUCCGGCGACGACAACAUGCCCAAAUAUGACCUCCCCAGCUGGACCAUUCUCGUCUUCCUCAUCGACCUUGUCGUCCUCAUUCCUGUCUUCAUCAUUUUCGACUACACCUUCAAGACCGUCUUCCCCAUCUUCGCCAUGGUCGAGGACGAGAACCCCCCGGCCUACGAGCCCCUCUCUCUCAACGACAACGCCGCCGACGUCGAGCCCGAGGCCCAGCAGCAGGGCGGCGCCCGCAAGCCCACCAACGGCCAGCCGCGCACCGUCACGUCGUCCCUCCGCGCCGUGAACCGCCUGCUCCUCUCCCACGGCGGCUUCCGCGCCUACUUCCGCGGCUUCUUCUGCCUCGUCGCCCAGGGCCUCGCCACCUCGGCCCUCAUGGGCCUCUUCUCCGCCGCGCUCGGCGGCUUCUUCACCCCCAUCGCCACCCUGCUCGCCAGCCUUGCGCUCGUCCAGCUCAGCACCGCAUGGGUCCACAUCGUCAUCUCGCUGCCCUCGAGGCGCCACUUCUGGAGCCGCCUCCCGCCCUUCAAGCGCGCCUUUGACGCCACCUGGAAGCCCGUCGCCCUGUACUGGCUCGCCGCCGAGGUCACCCGCUGGCUGCCCCUCGGCCUCGCCUGGGUCCUGCGCGUCAAGAUCCCCAACUUCGACAACAACGGCAAGAUGGAGCUCGACGGCCUCGACGCCGCCUGGUUCGUCAAGGGCGCCGCCAUCGUCGUCCUCACCAUCUUCGCCUCCGUCUUCCUCAUCAUCCCCGCAAAGGUCAUCCUCGUCCGCGUCCAGGCCUCGCUGCUCCCCGUCGAGGAGGACACCGUCAUCCCCUUUGACCGCUCCUUCGAGGGUAAGGUCGAGCCCGCCAUCGUCGGCGGCAAGGGCUACGUCUCCAUCGCCGACGCCUGGGAGACGUUCAGCAGGACCGCUUGGCGCCGCCUCCUCAUCCUCUACGUCAAGGUCUUCCUCGUCAGCAUGGUCGGCGUGCUCAUCACCGCGGCCCUGCUCGUCCCCCAGAUUGUCGUCAUCGCCAAGAAGACGGAGCGCGUCAACUAA